ACUAUUACCCGCCAUGGGAUUUUAUCGUUGAUUUUGGUGGGAAAUUGUUCAGUUCCCGACAUACGGAAAAUUCGGGUUACAGAUCGUUCUCGACGAACCGAACAACUAUUACCGGCCAUGGAAUUUUAUCGUUGAUUUUGGUGGGAAAUUGUUCAGUUCCAGACAUACGGAAAAUUCGGGUUACGGAUCGUUCUCGACGAUCCUAACAACUAUUACCGGCCAUGGAAUUUUAUCGUUGAUUUUGGUGGGAAAUUGUUCAGUUCCCGACAUACGGAAAAUUCGGGUUACGGAUCGUUCUCGGCGACCCUAACCCUUCCGUAACACGGGGACUGCCUGUACGUAAUCGCCAAAGCCCCUCACACUCGUCCGAUUCGAUUCAUGCGCUAUAAGAGGGAGGUUCAGUCCAACGCAACUGAAUUGACGAAUCGAUACAAGCCGGAGGCAACAACAACAUCACCACCAUCGUUCUGAGCCUCGCCGAAUCCACGCAUCUACCCCGUAGGAGAAAGCAACAACGACACAAGCAACAAACAACAACAACGGGCUCGUUUACAUUCAACUUACUGGAAACAAAAGUGUCGACAGCGCGACUCCUCGACGACCACCGACCUCGCCUAGAUUCCUGCCGGGGAAAGGCGCGCCCUUGCCGCGUGAGAGACUAGGCCGCACGCAGGAGAUCGCUACCGUACGAGGAGAGACGGGUGGGCCUGGUCGGCGGAGACAUCACUUUAGAAGCUAAAGACCCAAGAGAACCGUCGCUUAUAACACCUCCCUCCAUCUCAUCUCUCUCCACCAUCUCCUGCUCAAGCCCUCGGCUGCCCCUUACUAACUAACAAUGCUGCCCUGCGUGGCGCGGCUGUGGCCGGCGUUGUCCAGAGGGACACUGCGUGCGAGGAUGGCGGCGUGUCCUCCUCCUCAUCAUCCUCCCUCCGUCGUCGUCUUCGCCUCCUCCAUCACCACCUCCCCCGUCUCUUCGUCGGCGAGGCCGAGGCCGUGUCCGAGCCCCGUGAGGCGUCUGUGCGGCGCCAGCCAGGUCGGGGAGCCCGGCGUGGAGGCAUCGCCGCGGUGCUGGGGCUGCCGGAGCGAUGUCGGUGCCGACUCCGUCUUCUUCUGCUCCCGCUGCCAUUCGGUGCAACCCCCUCGAGCCGGGGCCUCGCUCUUCCAGCUGCUGGGCUGCAACGAGUCCUUUUCGGUGAACCUACAGAAACUACAACAGGCCUACCUUGCCCUGCAGAGGCAGUUGCACCCAGACAACUUCAGCCAAAAAUCGCAGAGGGAGCUUGACCUGUCGCAGCAGCAGUCUGCGCUUGUGAACAAGGCCUAUAACACGCUGCUGAAGCCGCUGCCCAGGGGUGUCUACUUGCUGGAGCGGCAUGGGCUGUCGUUGGAGGACACAACGGAGGACAUGGACCCCGAGUUCCUGAUGGAGAUCAUGGAGAUCAACGAGGACCUUGAGGAUGCCGACUCCUUACAGGAGAUCGAAGACCUCUCCAGGAGCAACCUGGAGAAGCUGCAGGAGCUGACGCAGGAGGUCAUGCAGGCAUUCGACGCAGGCAACUUCCCGUUGGCGCGUUUGCUCCUCACCAAGAUGAAUUACUUCACCAACAUCGAUGAGAAGGUGAAGGAGAAGAGGCUGCAGUACUCUUGAGCGGACGAUCAUGCCGCUUGCUCCACGAACUACUCGCGGGAAACUCGUGAUGCGCAAUUGAUUUCAUUGAGAAUAGUAUUUGUAGGUAAGCACUUGAUGAUGACAUAGAUAAUCUACAACCCAUUGUAAAUACUGCUUGGUGCUAGGUUUCUCAUGCUGUUUUGGUCAUGCGAAUUGUUUUACCAUACUGCACCAUGCAAGUCGGUAUGGAUUAAGGGAGUGGUGGCCCAGGACCGGUUUCAGAAAACGCUUGCCACCUGAUGUUUAGCUGUGGCCAGGAAUGGAGCUAAGUUUGCCGAGUUUAUCGCACUGUGCUAACCGGGGGGCCACCGCCCCCCCCCCCUUAUCACAUGUAAGUAUUGUUAAAUUUUAAAAGCUCUUAUCAAAAAUUUUUAUUCACGUUUCAGAUCAACCUUAUUUGCUUCUGUCUCGCACAACAAUAGACAGAUGUGACCUUUCCCAUUUGCUGCGGAUAGCGAGCACUGCACCUCAAACUGUGCAAGGCACUAGUCUGUAACGUCUGCAGAAAACACUCUUGCAUACAGAGGUGGUUGGACACCGUUUAGAUCUGCAUCACACAGGGAUAUGAAGAUCAAGUUGAGGUGAGCAUUUAAACUAACGUGUGGCAACAGUAUUGUUUUGGUCCAUUUCAUACACUGCUGUUUGAGAUGCCAGAAUUGGCAUUUGUGGCAUAGCACUUAAGCUUAAUGCACGCACAAAAGGACCUGCGGAAUGCGUCCAGUAAUUUUAACGUUUGAAGUUGAUAUUUAUGAAAGUGAGUGUAAGGAUGUGAGAGUUUUAUUUGGUUUUAAUAAAAGACAUUG